AUGGUGCAUGCGACACCUACUCAUUUUCCACUGCCUCCAAAAUUGGCAAAAUGCAUUUCUAUAUUCAAAUUCUAGCCAUUGAGAUCCUUUUCUUCCCUAUUUUUGCAAUUUUGUAACCCUCUUCAAAUUCUUAAUAAUUUUGCAGAAAUUUGGCGAGGAUGGGUUCUUCUGGAACAGGUCGGAAGGAUAAGAGCUCCGACUCUUCUACCCAUAAAAAGAACUCCAAGAGGCCUAAAUAUUCUAGGUUCACGCAACAAGAGCUUCCAGCUUGUAAACCAAUUCUAACACCACCAUGGGUUAUAGCGGUAUUUGUUACAAUCGGAAUUAUCUUUAUUCCUGUUGGACUUGUUUCUUUGUCUGCAUCAGAGCACGUUGUGGAGAUUGUGCAGGAAUAUGACGCAGACUGUAUUCCUCUUGAUUAUAGAAAAGAUAAAGUUGGAUAUAUUCAGAGUGAUAGAACUAACAAAACAUGUACAUUAAGUAUGACUGUUCCAAAGCAAAUGAGAAGUCCUGUGUAUAUUUAUUAUCAGCUUGAGAACUUCUAUCAAAACCAUCGUCGAUAUGUAAAAAGCAGAAAUGACAAGCAAUUGAGAAACAAAGCUGGAGAACAGAUGACGAGUGGAUGUGAUCCAGAAGAAACUGCAGCAGUAGGCCCUGACAAAGCUCCUAUUGUUCCCUGUGGCCUGAUUGCUUGGAGUCUGUUCAAUGAUACGUUCAAGUUCUCUUUUGAAUCAAAGGUGCUUGAUGUUAACAAGAAAAAUAUAGCAUGGGAGAGUGAUCGUAAGCACAAGUUUGGAUCUGAUGUUUAUCCAAAAAAUUUCCAGAACGGAAGCCUUAUUGGGGGAGCCCAACUCGAUUCCAGCUUGCCUCUUAGUGAACAAGAGGAUCUUAUUGUAUGGAUGCGAACUGCAGCACUUCCAACUUUUAGGAAGUUAUAUGGGAAGAUAGAACAGGACCUGCAAGCUAAUCAGAAGAUAUCAGUCAUUGUACAGAAUAAUUACAACACAUAUAGUUUUGGGGGCAAAAAGAAAUUGGUCCUUUCUACAACAAGUUGGAUUGGCGGGAAAAAUGAAUUCCUUGGUGUCGGAUAUCUCACAGUUGGGGGCCUGUCCUUAACCUUUGCAGUCGGAUUCAUACUGGUUUACAUCCUCAAGCCAAGGGAAAUUGGUGAUCCGUCGUAUUUGUCAUGGAACAGAAAUCCAGCAGGACACCUGAUUUCUUAAUUAUUUUACAGUCCCAUGUUACUUUGUUCUUUUCGUUAUAUAGCUUAUUCUGGUAUAACAGGCAUAAUUUUGUGUUAUAAUGAUACACCAAGUAUUAAUUUCAUAUGUAUUUUACGUUCUUAUUAGUUAAGGCAAUACAAGUCGUACUCUGUGAUUGUUUUAGAGUAUUUGAUAAUUGAUGAUGCACAUAGCUAUACCCCUUUGUCCCCGAGUUAUUUGCAAAAACUCAUCUUUAAAAAAUAAUAUAAAAAUUAGGGUUUUUUGUAGA